GAGAGAGAUCAUCAGGAUCAGGUUCAAGCAGCGAACUUUCACUCUGAUUGGCUUGACGAUGAGGGACGCUGCUGUCGAGUACUCGACGGAGGACGUAGGAGCGCGACAGUUUGGGGCUUCUCUAUGACGGCCACUUGUUCAAGGAUGAACAAUGUGCUGAUGUGCUGGUGUCGGGGACAGAGCCAAGAGGUGCUUGACGCUGCGCGCCAAGCAGAAAGCAGUGCCCGAGGCAAACAAUGGACGGCGAAACAGCGUGCCUUGACCAUUAUGGAUCGUGAUGUCCGGCGACGAGCCCCUCUGCGCUCGAGGUCCCAAUUCCGAUCGCUGCUGAUGUUCGUGAUGACCAGCCUGCUUGGUGCGUGCUUCUCGUCUUGCUCAAUGAUCUUCACAAAUGUCCUCGUCUUUCUCUUCGGCGUGACGAAUCCGACAAUUGCAGCUGCCACAGCAGCAGAGGACCGAGUAGACCAUCGAGACCUGUUCGAUCCAGAUUACCCUAUUUUGGACAAUCUCAACGACCUAGAGGAAGUUUUGAGCUGUGGAGACACCAGCAUAGUCCGGAAACAUAUCUGGGAGCAUCUGAAGAACUAUGUUGAAAACUGGAUGGACAUUCCGAUCAAGGACAGUACGCAAUUCGAAAAAAUCGUCCUUGCGGUGGAUCACAACGAACUCCUAGAGUCGUACUCUCAAGAUUAAGGGUAGGUUAAAGGUGCUUUUCUUGCCGCUUUUUAUGCCUCUCCUAAGGGGGAAAGGCAUAACAAGCGGGGUAAGCGAGCACCAAAAGUCUACCUCUAACAAGAGUGCGGCUUUGGCAUGCUGGUCCUGCUUUUAGGCUGUCUCCGAUCGUUGGAUUACAAUCAUGGAAGCGAUGCCGCACUACACUUCUACAAGUUCGCCAGGUUACGUCUUUUGCCGGCUUUGAGGCACCUCGCUGCCAGCGGAGUGGAAAAUCAACAGAAAAUCGACGAAGCGGGUUGGAAAGGGUUGCUGGAAAACGAGGACGCAAGAAUAGAGGACGAGCUAGUUCCAUACGGACCUAUGCUAGGAUGGGACCAUGAAUUUCAAGGAGACUUCUAUGCUGAAGGAGAAGAACAACGUCAGCUUCAAGGCCAACAUGAAGGAAAGAAGAAAUAUCCCUGUGCCCACCACAAUUUGAAAAUCUACCUCUACGAUUUGCCAGAUCUGACAACAGGACCUUUGCAUUGUCAUCAUGGACAGUGGGGUGUGGAAGCCUUGAUUCCUGAGUGGAUACGUCAUAGUGAGUGCGCAACAGAGGACCCUGAAGAGGCAGACUUUUUCUUAGUGCCUUGGUACACAUGGUGUCAGAGGAUGGUGGUGCCAUUGAAUUUAUGGUUGCUGGUGGACUAUUAUUAUUAUUAAAAUUAAUAGAGCAGAAUUAUCCGCUUUUAAAGGAGCAAACAAGGUAUUCACCGGUCUUCAUCACUUCUGUUGGCAACAUUUCCUUCUAACCUCCCGCUCCGACGGCGAAAUCGAUGCUGUCUACGUCCAGAUGAUGAAGGACAAAAGGUUGAAGUAUUUCGAUAGGUACGAAGGAGCGGACCAUAUAUUCUUGAUGUCCGAUCAGGGUUGGAUUUUCUGGACCUCAUGGCGUCAAUACGUACCCCAUUCGAUAGUUUUGACGACUGAGGCGUUUACGCCUAAUUGCGGACGACCCUGCUUUCAGCCGUGGCAUGAUAUCAUGUUAUGAAGGCGUUGAAGAGUUAUCAGGACUGUUACUCACUGUUAUGAAGGUGAAGAGUUUCUGAAAGUUCCAUUUCCAUAUUCAGCCUCAGUUAUCACUGUAGCAAGUUCCAUUUCCAUCCUGAGUCUCAGAAAGAAGCACAAAGUUGUCCUCACCUCUCAUGAUCAUCGAUCUUCUAAUCCCAAUCCCAGGCCACACCGACUACUUCCGCGCCAGACGGAUGCGCAGCUUUGACCUCCCGACUGAGCAAAGACCUUUGCUCUUCAACUUCCACGGACGUCAUGCUUACAUACCCAAGGUCCUCGGAGCUGCAAAUUACGCGGCGAACACUCUACGGCGUGCAUUGGUAGAUAUCUUCGGCGAGCCAGAACAAGAACAAGCCGACGCUGAGAGUGUGAAUCAAAGAACAGGAAGGUCGGAUGAUCCACCAAUGCAUCUCGAGGAUGUACCUCCAAACGGCUACAACGCUUCCAAUCUCAUCCAUCCAGACCAUAAUCCGCAACAUUGGAUGGGCAGAGUUAGUGUUGGAGGUUUUACGGAUGACUUCUUCGAGAGGAUGGGGGCUUCGCAUUUCUGCCUAGUGCCACACGGGAACACCAGUUGGACCAAUCACUUGUACAACGCCUUUUUUGCGGGAUGUAUACCAGUGAUAUUGAGCGACAACAUGGAAGUGCCGUUUGAGGAUUUGCUGGAUUGGACGAAGUUUUCCAUGAAGUGGACGCAGGAAAAUGUUUAUGAUGGAUGGCGGAGUAGCACUCUCCAACUAAGUUACUUUAUAUUGUUCCUUUCCACGAUGUUGUGUGCUCAUGAUCUAAAGAGCAGCAGAUUAAUAGAUAGAAAUGCUUUCUUCAUCUACAUCUCCUCUUUCUUUUGGCUUGAACAUCCUACCCACCUCGCUGUUCUCCGUUCAUCCCUCCUCUUCGUCUCUCUUCUACGAUUUGCGAAAGGUGCGCGCACAAGAUAUCGUCCGCAUGAAACAGGAGGUGAAGGCGCAUCAGUGCUGGUUCGAUUACUCUCUUCGUGGUGACCGAGAUUGCUCUCCGUAUCAAGCAAUCAUGCGAGUGUUAUGAAUCUGAUCUGAAUCUUGAUCUACUUCGGUCACUAAAAGUUGUUCUUUACGUCGUUGAAUCUUGAACAUCGAUCGUACUUGUCCUAUGCAACUAGCACACAACUUCGACGAACAAGUUCUACUGUUUCGGUACGAGGAAUCAACAUCAUCCUCUAACGGAUCUAGCGAAAAAAGCACGGAUUGGGCCAAAACGAUUUCAUCACGGAAGCGAUGACAAGUUUUGGGGGCCUACGCAACUCGGCGAUCAGGAACACCCGAUCAAAGUGCUGAUGCAGAACUAUCUACGAGCGGAGGAGCUGAUCGUACCGGUUUGAGCAGAGGUGCAGGCGUGCUGCAGGUGGUGGAAGCAUGACCAUAUCGAGAAGCAAAAAGCACAGGCCGCCAAAUGUUGUACGUAGUCAACAGGUUUUUUUUUGCAUGCACCACGGGGUUAGUAGUCUAAAUUACUUUCAAUUUGUGAUUUGAUGCACCCGGAUCAUGUGACGAUCUCUAUUUCAUUUCCAACACUUUACGUUUUCGCGUUUGCAGAGAUGCAACAUUUACACUGAACUUUCCGAACAGAUUGAACAUCACUACUAAGUAGAACAUCACGCAAUACAUGGCACGGAU